AUGUUUACGAGAAGAACUGACAUGGUGUACCUUGGUCUCAAACAGAUGAGUAGAGGAUGUUUUCUUCGAAGCUACCGAUUUAGGUCCUCGUAUGCAGUGGCGUUAUCUGCAGCAACUAGGUUAGUUACACCGACUCUCGCACAGAAAAACCCAUUCUCCUUAGUAUCAGACGAAAUGAAUACAUUGGCAAUGAAUAUUAUGACGUUGAUUGGUUCAGGUCAUUCCACCUUGAAUAAAGUUACAAGUUAUUACUUUGAGGCAGAAGGAAAAAAGAUACGUCCACUACUAGUUUUGUUAUUAUCAAGAGCACUUUCUGAGAUUCCAAUUGAAGAAAGAAAUAAUAUUAAGGUCGAUACACUAGAUUUUUGUGAUGAUACCAAAUUAAGCCACCCAUCCAGUACUUUAUUCGAUUUGCCCUUAAAUAAUAUUUCGCCGUUGCAUAUAUUACAUGGAAUGAAACCGUUAAAUCCAUUAACCAAAAUGGUUAACCCAUUCGCUGAGACAAAAUUCGAUAAAGAGAGAGGUAUCCUUCCCAAACAAAGACGAUUGGCCGAAAUUGUAGAGAUGAUACAUACAGCAUCUUUGCUACAUGAUGAUGUCAUUGAUCAUUCUGGAACUAGGAGAGGAAGACCAAGCGGCAAUGCAGCAUUUACAAACAAAAUGGCCGUUUUGGCUGGUGAUUUUUUAUUAGGAAGAGCAACCGUAUCUAUCUCAAGGUUAAGAAAUCCGGAAGUCGUCGAAUUGAUGUCUAAUAGUAUUGCCAAUUUAGUUGAAGGUGAAUUUAUGCAAUUGAAAAAUACUGUUAUUGAUCGGGAUGUUACGAUCGUUAGCGAUGGAACAAAGAAAACGAUUGAUAUUCCUGAUGGUAAAUUAAAACUUGAGCCUCAUCAGUACUCUGUGUCCUUACCUGACACGAAUAACAACGAACUAGCUCAUCAACAGAAAGUUGAUAUAGCAUUCCAAUACUAUUUACAUAAAACAUAUUUAAAGACAGCGGCCUUGAUGUCGAAAGCAUUGAGAUCGACAGCGAUCCUAUCAGGUGCAAAACCGCCAAUUAUAGAAGAAUGUUAUAAUUUUGGUAAGAAUAUUGGAAUAUGUUUCCAGUUGGUAGAUGAUCUUUUAGAUUUCAGUCUGUCGAAAAAAGAAAUCGGGAAACCUGUCGGUGUGGACUUAGAUCUAGGUAUCGCAACGGCACCAGUGCUAUAUGCUUGGAGAGAGGAUGAAAGUCUGGGACCCAUCAUCGAACGAAGUUUUUCUGAGCCUGGUGAUGUUGAAAUCACCACUAAAGCCAUUCAUAAGUACGGCGGGUUAAGUAAGACUGAAAAAUUAGCUGAGCAAUUCAAAGAUAAAGCCCUUGCUAAUUUACGAGAAGCAUUGCCAGAAUCAGAUUCUAGAUCUGCCUUAGAAUUCUUAACAAAUAGUAUACUAACAAGAAGAAAAUAA